AUGAAAAACAUCACGUUUUCAGAAACUUCCCACUGGCAGCCAAGCUGGGUAAAAUUAUCUGAGGAACUUUCACGUCUUCGGUCAGGUAAAAACUCAAAAGCAGCUGCAGAUUCACCAUCGACCCCCAGCCUGUUACCAUUUCGGGAAUUUAUUAAAGACAAGCAGGUUAGCCACCCUUUUGGAACAUGUCAACCAAGGAAGCUCUUCCCCUUCCACGGUCCCUUAACCUUGUUGGGGCACGCGUUUCUUCCCAUCAGGGGAGCGCCCCACAGAGGGCCUGGAUACAACAUUAUAGAAGAUACCUGUGGCUUGGCAUACAACCUCAGCAAAAUCCCAACCAGCAAAAAAGGAUAUUCAUGUGGAGCCAGAACAACAAGAAGAUUUAAAGCAUUAAGCAAGGAUCUGACACCUGAUCCAUGCAAAUACCAGAGUAUACAGGAUCAAAAAUACAAACAAAAUUUUGCUCCAUUUAAUGUCUUGACACCUCGAUUUAAGACACACUUAAAGAACACUUACCCUGGCCCUGGUACAUACAAUCCAGAGAAAAAGUCACCCUCCAAAGUCACCUGGCCAAUGAAAUUUGGAGCUCCAGAUUGGGCUCAGGUUCCACAUCUACAGAGAAGAACCCUAAAAACUGAGCUCUCCACAGACAAAGAAUUUAGAAAGCAUCGAAACCGUAUGGCCUACUUAAGCUUGUAUUAUUAAGGGUCUGUGACUCCCUUCAUGUGUUCCUCCUGCCCACCCAAUCUCCAGGAUUGAGGACACAACUCCUCUUUCUUCUCUUCAUCACUUCCAUCAUGUCUACCAGCAUGAGACCCAGCCUGGGGCAAAGAACUCAUAACUACUGCACAGGAACAUAAAGAUUUAUU